CUCACCGGUGCAUUCAAUCAAACUUGGUAUAAAAGCAAAGGUUUUUUCAAGUCAUCUCUCAAUCACAGACAUGAAAUCUCUGCAUCUUCUUCUACCCUUACUCCCCCUCGCUUUGGCUACCGCUGUCGAGAAACGGGCCAGCCCGCAAGGCAUAGAUGUUUCUCACUUCCAAUCUAAUGUCAACUGGGCACAGGUCAAAUCGAAUGGGAUUUCAUUCGCUUUUAUCAAAGCAACCGACGGAACUACGUUCCAGGACCCCUCGUUUUCGUCUCAUUACUCUGGCGCCACAAAGGCUGGAAUUAUUCGUGGAGGAUACCACUUUGCCCGUCCAAGUGCAAGUUCAGGAGCUACGCAGGCAAAUUUCUUUUUGGCUCAUGGGGGUGGAUGGUCCCCUGAUGGAAUCACUCUCCCUGGUGCGGUGGACAUGGAGUUCAAUCCAAGUGGCCCCACUUGUUACGGUCUGAGUCCCGCUGCCAUGGUCAGCUGGAUCAAGGAUUUUUCCAAUACGUACCACGCCAAGACCAGCAGGUACCCGAUCAUCUACACAAAUACGAACUGGUGGAAACAAUGCACCGGCAACAGCGCAGCGUUCGGUUCUACAAAUCCACUUUGGAUCGCUCGCUACAAUUCUGUCCCUGGUGAAUUGCCAGCGGGUUGGGGUUUCCACACCUUCUGGCAAUUUGCGGAUCAUGGUAGCAAUCCUGGCGAUCAAGAUAGUUUCAACGGUGAUAUGGCAGGGCUUAAACGGAUCGCCACAGGCCGAUAA